AUGGAUCACAACAACAGCGCUCAGCGCUCCGCACACCAGAAAAUGGACACUGACAGAUUAGCCGCCGAGAUGACGGAGCAGUUUCGCCACGUCCUCAGCACAAAGCGAAUGAACGACCUCACAUCGCGGACUUCACAAUCACGAUCAUCAUCACCAGCUCCGCGAGACUUUGUAUCUCCCCAGCCGCCCUCGUCGCACGCCGCCGCCCCGCCCACGUACGCAUCGCUCAAGAACAUUCCACUCGUACCUGAGGCGCCGCGCGAUGCACGAUCACUGCGAUUCAAGAACAUGCUGCACUCACUCUCCAACAUGCCCCUCCGAUGGGAGAACCCAGGACUGCUCGAUGAGGCGCUACGCGUCAUUCCACUCGAGAAGAUCUACGACGAGGCCGAGGAAGAGAGCCAAAUUCUGCAGGCCGAGGCCGAGAGCAUGGCGGCUGGAAAGAAGGCUGCCUGGGGCUACCAGGACUGCGUUGUUCGCGCACUUCUCCGAUGGUUCAAGCGAUCGUUUUUCUCAUGGGUCAACAACCCGCCCUGCUCGCGAUGCUACUCACCAACAGUGGCCGUUGGCAUCACUCCACCACUCCCUGACGAGCAAGCACGUGGCGCCAACCAGGUCGAGGCCUACCGUUGCUCACACGAAGGCUGCAAAAACUACGAGCGCUUCCCACGAUACAACGACGCUUUUGUCCUGCUCCAGACACGAAAAGGUCGAUGCGGCGAGUGGGCCAAUUGCUUCAGCAUGCUUUGCCGCGCCGUGGGUUCGAGAGUUCGUUGGGUAUGGAACGCAGAGGACCACGUCUGGACCGAGGUUUACUCUGUGCACCGCAAGCGAUGGAUCCACGUAGAUGCCUGUGAAGAGGCCUGGGACAAGCCCCGGUUAUACACUGAAGGCUGGGGCAAGAAGCUCUCGUACUGCAUCGCCUUUUCAGCUGAUGGUGCCAUGGACGUCACUCGCCGCUACGUCCGUGACGCUAAGCAUGCUGCCGAGCGUAACCGCGCGCCAGAGGCUGUCCUUCUCCACAUCAUGGAUGAGAUCCGAGCAACACGACGAAGCAACAUGUCCAAGCAGGACAAGUUCCGCCUCGAGGGCGAGGACAUCCGCGAAGCCAAGGAGCUCCGCGCCAAUGUCAUUUCCUCCAUUGUAAAUGCCGUCAGCAAGUUGUCCCCAGAGGACAUCAUCAACGGCCAAGUCACCCGCCGCCUGGACCCAGAUGCCCAAAAGGCAUUGGAAGGGCGAAUGAGCGGCAACGCCCAAUGGAUACGAGCGCGCAACGAAGGUGGACAGCAACAGAACCAGCAAGACCCCCGAAACCAACACCAGCGUUGAAAGCCCUCGUGGCCCCGCUCUACCUUCACUUCACCAUCUCCCGGCACCUUUCCAUCGCUUCAUGCCUACAACGUACGCCGACCGACACGAUAGUGCAUCGCUCGAGCAUGUAGACCCCGAUAGAAACCAAGAUACCCUUUUCAUAUCCCCGCG